AUGGUGCGUCUUGUCGCCACUGUUUUGGUCUUCAUCGCAGCGCUCCACGCCGCCUCAGGUACCCUUGACGCCAUCAAUGCUCUGAGGGAGGGUGCAGCGGGAGCCGCCCGCCGGGCAGUUGACACAGUGAGGGAUGUGAUCAUCCCAGGAGACUCCAGCUCAGAGCCAGCACCCACGUUUGAGGUGCCUGUUGAGGUUGGCUUCCCCAGCCUCGACUAUCAGAAGCACAAAAUUCUGACGGCCCCAACCGCCAUCCUUGACGGCAAGGAGUGGCCCCUGAACUACAACACACUGCUCAGGACGGGCGAUAAGGCCAACCCGGAUGAGAAGUAUGCUUUUGGCCAGCACGUCGCCCAAAACGGCGACCUCGUCUAUGAGACUGCUGCGGACGGCAGACCUGCCAUUCAGAGGUUGAACGAUGGCUCAAUUGUCGGCGCCUACUCCUUCAGCCAGAGCCCAGACUUCACAUCUCUUCUGCCGGUUGGCGACAGGCUCUUCUCCUUCGUUCACUUCGAGUCUUUCGGCCCCUUUCAGGCGUACUUCCUGGAGCUGAAGCAGGACAAGGAGACGUGCAAGCUGAGCGUGAUCAGUUCUGUCCCCACCAAUUUCUCCGACUGGGGUGGCCUGUGGACGCCCUGUGCUGGGUCUGUCUCCCCCUGGAACACCCACUUAGGCUCUGAAGAGUACGAGCCAAACGGUCUGGCAUUCACCCGAAACACCAUCGCUGAGCUGAGGGGCGGGCUGGACAGUUACCAGAACCUGCUGCUCACCUCCCAGAUGAAGUACUUUGGCAAGUACCCCAACACUACCACCCUGGCAGACAUCAAGACUCUCUUCAAGCCUUACAAGUACGGCUACGCCACAGAGAUGACUGCGUACGCGAACGGUACCAACAGUGUGAAGAAGCAUUACGCCUUGGGUCGGAUGGCGUGGGAGCUGCCCUAUGUCCUGCCCGACAACGUCACGGUCUACGGCGGCGAUGACGGCGACAACACCAUGAUGACCAUGUUCAAGGCUGCCAAGCCCGGUGACCUGAGCUGUGGAACCCUCUACGCAGCAGCCGUAACACAGCUGACCUCUGAGAACGGCGGCACCUUUGACCUGAGCUGGAUCGACCUGGGCUUUGCAUGCGAAAAGGACCUCAUUCCUCUGGCCAACACCAUUCUGUUCACCGACAUGUUCGAGACAGCGGUCUACGAUGCCACGACUAAUUCGUGCCCUGCUGGCUUCACACCAAUCUUCCUCAACAAUGCCAUCACCCCGGAGUGCCUCAAGGUGAAGCCUGGGCAGGAGAUCAACGCCUCACGCUUUGAGACCCGGCGCUACGCUGCAAUCAAGGGAGCAACCACCGAGUUCUCCAAGUACGAGGGCAUCACUUUCUCCCCCAACAACGGCGAGUUUGGGCAGAUCUACAUCGCAAUCUCUCGUGUCGAGAAUGGAAUGGAAGACAAUCGCGUUGGUGGAAAUGCCAACCCCACCUUUGACCGCGGCGGCAAGAACUCCAUCAAGCUGCCUUACAACCGGUGUGGCUGUGUGUACACUCUGGACGUCAACCAGACGUACGUGGCACAGAAGAUGUCUGCGCUCAUCUGUGGAAACACCGCCACUAACACUGACAACCUGAAUGCCUGCGACAAGAAGUCUAUUUCAUCCCCCGACAACCUGUCCAUGAUGCGCGGAUACAACAAGCUCAUCAUUGGCGAGGACACCGGCACCCACCAGAACGACGUCAUCUGGCUCUAUGACUUUGCCGACAAGAGUCUGAAGCGGCUGCAGACGACUCCCUACGGGUCUGAGACCACCUCUCCGUACUGGUACGAGAACAUCAACGGCUGCGCGUACUUUGUGUCCGUAGUGCAGCACCCGUACGAGGAGUCAGACAGCGCUCGCAUCACCGACAACGCCAGCACCGGGAGGGCCGGGUACGUGGGCUACCUUGGACCCCUCAAGGCCUCGACCAGAAAGGCCCCUAUUCGCGCUCCCUUCAAGGCGGAGGUUGUCAACGCCGUCGUGGACGAGGUCCAAGCAGUCACCGACAACGUGUCUGAGAACAUCGACACAAUCCAGACUGUGGGCUAA